AUCAUCCAGUCGCAGGGUAACAUAGUUACUAAGGCCAUCAUAACUCAAGCAAUGAGUGCAACCUGCACACUGGUCCUCGGACUCUUCUCGGUAAUGUGAAAAAAUGCAAGUGGGUCACGUGUUUUUAAAAAAACCUCGACGGAUCUACCAAAGGAGCUUAGCCGAUAAGCAUUUUGAAAGCAAACAAUUGUCGCCGAAAUCGGAAUCGGGGAUUUCUAAAAAACCGUUACCUAUUUUGAGUUCUUUUUCCACUUAGUUUUGCUCGUUCCGCUAUAUAAGGCUAUAAGAGCCUUUCCAGUCUCUGGAAAAAAAUGGCGGACAAUGGGACAAAUUUAAGUCUCAUAUGUUAAGCCUCCCCGAAUGGGGAGUCGGUAGCGUCAAUUUUAAAGCCGCAAGCAGCUGGCCCAUCCAAUACCCAGCAGUUACAGAGCUUCAUUGACAAUGCAUCUUCCCCAUUCAGUCCUCGAUCUUAGGGUUGGUCAUCUACGUCAUCUUAAAAAGUGUGAUCAACAAACCAAAACCAAGUGGAAUGAGACACUGGACGUCUUUACUUUGACGUCAUGGUACCAGGUGCUUGACUAAGCUUACGGUGCUUCGUGACGGACCAUAAAUUAAACUUUGCUCGACCAUUCUGUCGCGGAUCGAAUAUUGUUAUCGAUAGGCUAGUUAGUAUUUUUGAGAAGUCCGAAUGUGGAAGGAUUUGUAAGCCCAUAUGUGUCUGGGCACAUUGUUUUUCGCCAUUGUAAAUUGCCGGGAAAAUUUAGCUUUUCAUUGUCGUGUAAGAGUUGGAGGACACACUGCGAAUAAAACGUGUUCUACUACCACGGAUUAGUCUGCCCUUUCUUUCGGGAACCAAUGUGUGGGGUAGCCGUUUAAGGCAACUCCAAGUGACGCCCGACGACAAUCUUUUAUUCGCAGUCCUAGGGCGACUGCAGGGGCAACUUGCGCUGGAAUGACGGUUUAGACGGUCAGCUAGAGAGUUGCCGGAGCUGGAGUGACGGUUUAGACGGCCAGCCAGGAUUUGUGUGAGCGUAGCCAGCGCUACGUACCGGCAGAGAAGUCGCAGCCAGCGACAGUGGCGUCGCAGUCAGCGACAUAGAGGGACGCAGCCACCGUCGAACGCCGGUACGAACGAGUCGCAGCCAGCGACAAGGUGACGCAAGAAGCGUCAUUUGUGGAGACCGCAGCCAGUGGUCAGAAGGCGCAAGGAGCGGCAAGCAUCCGUGGCCGCAGCCAGCGGCACGAGGCGUCAGAGACGCCAUUUUGGACGUGCAGAGGCGCCGCCAUUUUGGAGCUGGGGAAGAUGCAGCAUUCCCCCAGGAGGAGUGCCCGGCUGAACGGAGGGGAAGCCACCCCUAUAACAACAGUGAGUCAGCAGCCAGCCAGUAAUGGAGCAGGAACUCGGACGCGGGUGAACAUCACGACGGCGUCGAUUCCUUGCCCGGCCACUACGGUGAGUACUACAGUAGCUUUCCAACCUAGAAGUACUGCUGUCACAGCUGCGAGUUCAGUACCGGAGGUGAACCAUCCCCUCGUGUUGGAACUCAUGGAGAGGAUCGCAGCGUUGGAGAGGGAGCUGGUGAAGGCUAGAUCCCUGGAAAGUGUGAGCACCGCAAAUUGCGCGCCGAUCGCAGUUGGCCCAAGCGCAGUUGGCGCCAACAGUGGAGCGUCGGGGCGGCCACCAUUUUGGAGCGGCCAGCCAAUACCCACAUCUAACGGAGAGGCCUUACAGAACGGGGUCGGGUCGGUGCCAUACAACGGUGACGGUGCGAGCGGUGCGGCCUGCACGCUGCCGCCAUCUUCGAGUGGACCGCCAUUGUUAACGACUAGCAACUAUUUUUUGGAGCCACUGUGUGCGAGGCAGUGAAGGCGCUAUUGAUUCACCCAGGGAAUGUCAGCGCCGUGAUGGAGCAGCUGCGCUUUAGGUUCGGCCGAACGGAGCAGCUUAUACGCAGCCAGCUCAACAACGUGCGAGAGGUGCAGCCAAUUUCGGAGCACAAUUUGGCGAAGAUCAUUCCCUUCGCAACCCGAGUGAGUAACCUCGCGGCCUUCUUGCAGUUAGCGAAGGCAGAGCAACACCUGGGGAACCCAACCCUCAUGGAGGAGCUUGUGGCCAAGCUGCCAACGAGCAAGCGAGUGGACUGGGCCAGGCAUGCAGCAACGAUUGCGCCCUUUCCCACUGUAGUCCACUUCAGCGCGUGGCUACAGGAGUACGCAAACGUGGUGUGUACGGUUUUGGACGUCGAGGGAAAGGAGCCGAGGCGUCGACUUCUACAUGCAAGCGUCCACCAUAAUGAAUGCGAUCAACAGGAUAAUCGGCAUGGAGG